AUGCCCAAGUCAAAGCGUAGUACCGUUGUUUCUUUAACUCAAACUGAAAAGAAGGGUCGUGAAGGAAAGGAGAAAUUGAUCGAAGAUAUUCAUGAAUGUGUUGAUAACUAUGACUACUUGUACUUGUAUUCUGUCAAGGACAUGCGUAACACAUAUCUCAAGGAGAUCCGUCAUGAUUUCAAAGAUUCUCGUUUCUUUUAUGGUAAGAAUCGUGUCAUGGCCAAGGCUCUUGGUACAACUGCUGAAGAGGAAUACAAGGAAGGCUUAUCUGCUAUUGCCAAGGAAUUGUCAAGUGAAGUCGGUCUUCUUUUCACCAACAAGCAACCAGAGGAAGUAAAGACAUAUUUCGCUGAAUUUGUUAAGCCUGAUUAUGCUCGUUCAGGAGCUAUCGCUACUCAAACCAUCACACUUCCUGAAGGACCUGUCAAGCGUGGAGCUGAUCCCAUGCCUCACAACAUGGAGCCUCUUAUCAGAUCGCUCGGUAUGCCCACUGUGUUGAAGAACGGUAUUGUUACAUUGCUUGUUCCUUAUACCAUCUGUAUGGAAGGUGAAACUCUUUCAACAAAUCAAGCUCAUCUCUGUAAACUCUUCUACCAUCAACUUGCUGAGUUCAGCGUUGAUUUGAUCAGCUAUUAUCACAAUGGUCAAGUUGAGCAAAUCGAGUAA